UAAUGUCAGUUGGUUGUGUCUGAUGAGAAAGCUGCAAUUUCCUGGUUUUGUAAAUUCGCAAAAGCCUGAUGAUCAUUGUUAUCGUUCGUAAUGUCUAUAAAUGGGGCAUUCAAACUGUUCAUUUUAUCGUCCCAAUAAUAUGUAACUAAAAUCAGUGUUAAUUUGUGUUAGUCUGAUGUGUCAGUAAACAUGUUAUCCAGGUUUCACCACUAUCACGGCUCGAACAUUAUUCUGUUUGAAGAGAACACAGUAGCUUAUCGGAAGGCUAGUUUUGCCCAUGGAUUGACUUUUAGUGAGAAGCCUCUGCUGCCAGGGGAAAUAUUUUUAGUAGAGAUAGAGAAAACGGAACGCGGGUGGAGCGGCCAUAUGAGGCUGGGUCUCACGCUUCUAGAUCCACAGACAGCAGCUUUAGGAGAUAAGGGCUUGCCGCAAUAUGCGCUCCCAGACUUAGCGAACACUGGUAUGUCCUGGAUUUUCCCUAUUUCAAAGUCUCAGAACAAUGUACUAAUUGAACUUGUAAACCAAGCGAGUGGGCGGCGCGAGUGCGAGCCCCGCGUAUCUGUGCUAGGUGACGGCCACAGCGUCAGAACGCCUCGCGGCUACAUAUCUAAAAUGGUUCUAAAACCUCAAACUUUAUCUCAAAAUGGUACACCACAAGGCAUAUUACCUAUGGAUGCUGGCAGUCGCAUUGGUGUUAUGUUUGUUCCAUGCCCAAAGACUAGUAAAGAUGAUCCUGAUUUGGCCGAGAUGCAUUUCAUUAUUAACGGUGAAGACCAGGGGCCUUGUACUAAAGCUAUACCAUACUCAAGAGGACCGCUGCAUGCUGUGGUUGAUGUUUACGGAACUACAAAACAAGUGAAGAUUGUUCAACUUUAUGGAGUGAAAACCCUACAGUUAGUCUGCAGAGACGCAAUACUCCAGUAUGUGCAGGACGGCUCUGUGAAGUCAUUGCCCUUGCCAAAAUGCAUGAAAGACUUUCUACUCUCAUAGAUGAGGCUAAAUGCUACAAUAAGUCACGAGAAGACAAUAAGGCUGUUACUGAACAACUGCGGUAGUUAUAAUUGGCACAGGAUUUAAUAAGCCCUUCAUUUGACUAUAGUGUGAGUAAAAACUGUAUAUUUUCGAAAUAUUUCAUGGGGCUAUUUGAAACCCCUGGGGCUUUUUGAAACAAUCGAGAACAUAUGUUUUGAGGUUAUUUUUACACUAGUAAAACUUAACAGACUCAAAGUUUAUCUCACAAAUAGUCCUAAGAGUUUAAAAUAACCUUAUGCACUGUUUUCCUUAAAUAAAUGGUCAGAUUAGUGUGUUUA